AUGUCAAAAUCUAGCGAUGCUGUUGAGGGAGGGGGAAACAAUAUGAAAAAGGAACCUGGAGCACUCCCAUUCAUGAAAUACAGAUUGAAUCAGAGCUCUGGCCCAAAAGAGGUCGACAACAGUGUUCAAGUGAUGGAGAGAAAAAUCACAGAUGAGAAAUACGGCUUCCCCGUGAAACCUGUGUUUGUCAGUCGAGUUCCAACCGAGUUCCAUCGGAGUCAAAUGCACAAAUACACCAAGUCUCAAAGAUUCCUAUAA